AUGAAAGAAACAACACCAAGUAAUGGAUUGUUGAAACCUGCUGAGGACAUGGGAUUUAGUUUGGAGUUCAUAAAGAGCAUCUCAAAACAGAAUAGCAAUUUAAAGACUGAUAAAGAAAAACGAAGUCUGAAGGAAGCUGAUAAGUUGAAGUCAAAGAGCGGUGCUGGAACACAAUGCAGUGAUCUCAAACAGAAGAGUAAGCUAGAUACAGGGAGGAAGAUUCAGAAAGCAGAAACAGUGAGAAGGGAAACUGAAAGAGAUGAACUUGUCAAGCACAUGUCUAAUUUGCCAGGCUAUCUCCAGCGUGCCAAUAGAGUAGAAAACUUUCAAGAGAAAGCUUUCAAUGUUGGUGUUCUAGAUUGGUCUCGACUUGAGAAGUGGAAGCAGAAGCAUAUCCCAGUUCUAGCUAGUAAUUUCAUAUCAUUCAGUAGUAGCGAAUCGUCAUCAAGAAGGGCCAUCAAACCAUCUACCAGUGUUGGCAGCAAGGAAAAACUCAAUGAUGAGAAAAAUUUGCCUUCAGGAACCAGAUCAUCUUAUAGGGAAUCUGAAAGAGCCAAACUUCCUUUUCAUGAUGUCAAACGAUUUAAAUCUUCCAGAAGUGUAACUAAGAGCGCUGGAGAUGAGAAGAGAAUGACACCCCAGGUGUACGAGUCAUCUGGCAAAACUCAUUCAGAUAUUUCACUUGGGAAGGAGAAGAGGAAUGACUAUAGUAGUAAAAGGACUUCUCAAGUCAAAAGUUUUGCAUCAAACACAAGGCUCCAUGGAAUCUCAUCGGUUCGUAAUGAAAAUGCAAAUGAUAUGGAUGAUGGAGGUAAGCAGAACAUGGAGGGUUUGCAAGAGCAUAAUCACAAGAAAAAGGAGAGAAAUCGUAAGUCCAGUUCUGAUACGGGACUGCCAUCUGUCAAAUCAAAAGGCAAAGGUGUCUCAUCCAGUUCUAAGAAAAUGAGUUCCAGCAGCAGUGAAAACGAAAGAAAAGUGAAUCAGUUGCAGGAAUCAGAUAAUGACAUUGUGCUGCUUUGUCCCCAAGAAAUUCCCCAGUCAAGUUCUUCAGAGGAUUUUCAGCUUUCUGAAUCAAGAAUGUCAUCGGAUGAAAAUUUUUCAGAAUCAAGCAAAAGCAGUUUGUCGUAUGUUUCCCUUCCUGAGGAGGUUUAUACUGAAGAUAGAUGUUCUAAGAUUCCACUGUCAGGGCCACUGCGUUCUGCAGUUGAGCCUUCUUCUCCUUUGGAAACAAUGCCACACAGCAUUAGUACUGAUCUGGGCAUAGACCGCUCCUCUUUUAUGUCUGAGACACCAUCUUCCAUAAUAGAUAAGAUGUCUAGUUUGCAGUCUGCAGGUGCUGGCUUUGAAAAGGAUAUGUUAGAUGCUAAGCUGAGAGAUGAGUGUGCUUUCAGUAAUUUGAAGGAAUCACUGGACCAAGAAACUGCUGAACUGACAGCACAGAAGGAAAUGAAUCCAUCCCAUAAUCGUAGGUUUAGUUUCAGCUUAAGUAGAAUUGGAAGAAGUUUUAGUUUCAAAGAGGGCCCUACACUUCCACAAUAUAGUUCCAUGUAUGUCAGUGCAAAGUCUGGUCCUGUGACGCCUCAAUCUUCUGUUCGUUGGGACAAUCCAAGCAAAGAGAGGGCUAAUAGUCAUAACAGAAAUCGAUCCAGCCCCUUGCGGAGGUUAUUAGACCCUUUAUUGAAGCACAAGGUAUCAGACAAACAUCAUUCAGCUCAAAGUGGUCAGACACUAGAGGGAAGCGUGAAUUCAAGCUUCAGGACUGUUGGUGUCAAUGAAUCACUACUUCCUGAAAAGAGCAAAGGAUCAUCAGUUCAAGGCCUCUUGCAGCUGACGAUAAAAAAUGGAGUGCCUUUGUUUAAAUUCGUGCUCAACAAUGAAAGAAAGAUUUUUGCUGCUACCAGGAACAGUUUAACCUCACUGGACAAGAGCUGCUGUUUUACGUUCUAUCUGGUUAAUGAAAUUAAGAAAAAGAGUGGUGGGUGGAUCAGUCAUGGAAACAAAGAAAAAAACUGUGGCUACGCCUACAAUGUUAUUGCUCAGAUGAAGAUUUCUAUCUCUAAAAACACUGACUUAGCCGAUCAGUACUCUAAUAAAAAGCAUAUGGCUAAAGAAUAUGUUCUAGUGGGUGUGGAAAUUGGCCAUACAGAUCAAGGACCACCAAAGUUCAUCCAGAGCGCAGAGCUUGCUGCUGUUGUUAUUGAGACCUCAUUUGAAAAUAGCAAUGAAGGACUGGAUGAUGAUAAUUACAUGCCAAAGAAAGGAUGCUCAAAGUGCUUGGCAGAUGAAAGAUGCAUAUGCAAUUCAGGACAACAUGAUGCCUCUGACUGCACUACAGUUAUACUUCCAGGUGGUGUACAUGGUUCACCAAACAAAGGUGAACCUACCCCGUUGAUCUACCGAUGGAAAUCUGGGGGAUCAUGUGAUUGUGGCGGUUGGGACAUUGGUUGCAAACUGCUUGUGCUCUCUAACCAGAAGCAGAAUUCAAGUAUUCCAAAGAACUAUCAACCUUACCAUGAUCGUUUUCAACUUUUUGUUCAGGAAGGAGCUGAGCAAGACACACCACUUUUCACUUUGUUGCCACUGAAGGAUGGUUUCUACUCCGUUGAAUUCGACUCAACAAUCACUCACUUACAGGCUUUUUUCAUGUCAGUUGCGGUUUUAAGCAGCCAGAAACUACCAGGUGCCAUGGAAAUGGAUGGCAUUCAUGAGGAAAUCCUUAAGGAACCCAGUUCCAAGAACAACAGCAAACUUCACGGGAAAGCACCUUUAAAAUAUGCACCAAUGCCACCACUAUCCCCUGUUGGCAGAGUUUAA